UCUCUCUCUCUCUCUCUCUCUCUCUCUCUCUCUCUCUACUCUACUCUUUAAUUCAAUCAGUUAUGACCGUUGAGGAAGUCCUCCAAGGCGGCGGCGGCGGUGGCGAUAUGUGCAAAACCAUCGAAGUCGCCGUCGUAGAACCACCACAACUCAACCCUCUCACGAAGCUCUCGCCGCCGAGCCUCGACGACUUCGACCCCACCGACGACGACGGGUUUUAUAUUCCUCCUCUGAACUUCGCGAUGGUCGACAAUGGCAUUUUCAGGUCCGGUUUCCCUGACACCGCCAACUUCCCCUUCCUCCAAUCCCUAGGCCUCCGUUCCAUCAUAUGCCUUUGUCCAGAACCGUACCCGGAGGCAAAUGCCGAGUUUGUCAAGUCAAAUGGGAUUCAAUUAUUUCAAUUCGGGAUCGAAGGUUGCAAGGAGGAUCAUUCUCUAUCCAAAAGCAUAUCUAAGCGGAUCCGGUCCAUCUGCCAUAGUUCACGCAAUACAACAGUACAUCCCAAUAUAGAAUUAGAGGUUAUAGAAGAUUGAAUUCUUGCAUAGUGCUAACAUAUAUUAAUGUUUUCCAUCUAAAGUAAUCAUUUUUUUUUC